UGUUUCUCCGUCCCCUGCUCCUCCUCCUCCUCGCAUCGCCCAUCUGGGGUGGGAAUCUCCUCGCGCUCGCUCCCUGAGCGAGGCAGUGCUUCAUGGCCGCGCGCCUGGGCUGAGGGGCCGGGCUUGGAAGCGGGAACAUCGAGGGACGGGGCGGAUCUCUCCUCCGCCGGACACAAAGCGCCGCCGACGCCGCUGCUUUCCGCAAUCCCGGGAGGAGGAGGAGACGGCGACGGAGGCUGCCCCUCGGGUCUCUCUCCGGCCCUUCCUCGCGUAUGAGUCAGGUAUUUCCCAGCCCGCCGUCGGCAGCCGAGGCCGCCUCCUCGCGCUCUCCCCGCGCGCUCCAUGGAGAAGGCAGCGGCGGCAGCGGCGCAGGGCUGCGGCGGCGGCGGCGGGGACCCCGGAGCAGCAGCAGCAGCCCCGUCCAGCGGCGGCAGUAACAACAGCAGCCGCAGCAGCAGCCGCCCCACCUCGGCGGGCUCCUCGCCGUCCUCCUCCGCCAGCCGGGGAGGGCUCUCGGGCCGCCAAGGAGCAGCGGCGGCGGGUACACCAGCGGGGAGGCCGGAGGGAGGUGGCGGUGGCGGCAGCAGCAGCAGCCUCAGCUCAGCCGCGGCCAGCCCAGGAGGGAGCGGGGGGCUGGCGGCAGGCAGGACGACGGAGGCGGUGCUCGAGGGCUCUCUCAGCAAGUACACCAACCUCAUCCAGGGCUGGCAAAGCAGGUAUUUCAUGCUGGAUUUUGAGACUGGAAUCCUACAAUAUUUUGUGAACGAACAAAGUAAAAACCAGAAGCCACGAGGACUGUUAUCCUUAGCUGGAGCAGUAGUUUCUCUCAGCGAUGAAGCCCCUCACAUGUUGGUGGUUUACUCUGCUAAUGGAGAAAUGUAUAAACUCAGAGCCGGGGAUGCAAAGGAGAGGCAGUACUGGGUGACUCAGCUCCGAUCCUGUGCCAAGUAUCACACGGAAAAUAAUUUGAAGAGUACUCCAACCUCACGAAUGAAAAGCUCGUCUUUGUUGCCCCCUGGAACACCCAACUCCACAUCUUCUUCGAGUUCUCAGAAAAGCCUGAAUCAAAGUGGGCCACCAGUUGUCACCAUCACACAUCACAAAUCACCUGCAGCAGCCCGAAGAGCCAAGAACCAAAGUCCUGGACAGCUCAAUGAAGUCAGAGAGAUCAUGAGCCAGGUGGAGGGACAGCAGAAAAGCCUUGUGCAAGCCAUUGAAUCUCUCCCAGGUUCUGGUCCUCUUUCUGCCUUGGAUCAAGACCUGCUGCUUUUAAAAGCUACCUCUGCUGCCACCCUCAGCUGCCUUGGAGAGUGCCUACACAUGCUUCAACAGAGCAUACAGCAAACGAGCCAGCACAGUAACAGGAGAUUGUCUUCAGAAAGCUUUCUGGGAUGGCAUGGGCCAAAGUCACAUUCCACAGAGCAGCUGAAAAAUGGUGCCCUUAGUUCUUUGACAGUUGCUAGUGCCAAUCUUACGUGGCCAGGAGUCCCAUCUAAGCCGCAGGAGGCACAAACCAUAUCGUCUUUGUUGUAUUCCACUCGUGACUUGAUCCUAGUUGAAGAUGAGGUGACAGAUACUGAAGAUAAUGAAGAAGAAGAUAUAGGAGUCCUGGAAGAUCAACGCAGUGUAAUUCUUCACCUCAUCUCGCAACUCAAACUUGGAAUGGACCUAACUAGGGUAGUUCUCCCAACCUUUAUUUUGGAGAAGAGGUCCCUGCUGGAGAUGUAUGCAAACUUCCUGGCCCACCCUGACCUGUUUUUGACAGUUUCGUCCGGAAGCACCCCUGAGGAAAGAAUAAUUUACUUUGUGGAGUAUUACUUAACAGCCUUUCAUGAAGGCCGGAAAGGAGCUGUUGCCAAGAAGCCCUACAACCCAAUUAUUGGAGAAACUUUCCAUUGUUCUUGGGAUGUGCCUAAAGACAAAGUGAAGCAGUCAAGAACUAACUCUCCCUCUCCAAGCCCCAAGGGCAAGGCACCGCCACCACCAGAAAAGUACAAGCUGCGGUUUGUAGCUGAACAAGUAUCCCAUCACCCACCAGUCUCCUGCUUUUACUGCGAGUGCAAGGAGAAGAGGAUGUGUGCAAAUGUUCAUGUAUGGACCAAAAGCAAGUUCAUGGGAAUGUCUAUAGGUGUUUCUAUGGUAGGUGAAGGUAUUCUUUAUCUGCUGGACCACGGGGAGGAAUAUGUGUUCACGCUGCCUUGUGCCUAUGCUCGCUCCAUUCUUACCGUUCCUUGGGUGGAGCUUGGUGGUAAAGUGAACAUUCUCUGUGCCAAGACUGGCUAUUCGGCUACAGUCACAUUCCACACCAAGCCUUUCUAUGGGGGAAAAGUACACAGGGUUACAGCUGAGGUGAAGCAUAACCCCACCAACACCAUAGUGUGUAAGGCACAAGGGGAGUGGAAUGGCACGCUGGAGUUUACGUACAGCAACGGAGAAACCAAAAUAAUCGACACCACCAAGCUACCCAUCAUCCGCAAGAGGAUCAGACCGAUAGCAAAACAGGGUCCAUUUGAAUCAAGGCACCUUUGGCAACACGUUACGAACGCCCUGAGAGAAGGCAACAUCAGCGUAGCAACAGACCAAAAACAGCUUCUUGAGGAGAGGCAGCGAGUAGAGGAGAGGCAGCGAGCAAUUAGCAAUACGGUCUGGAAACCAAAAUAUUUCAUCAAAGAGGGUGAAGGGUGGAUAUACUUCGAUCCCCUCUGGAAGACUCAUUGAUAAUCAACUCACCUGGACUCAAAAGGAGCCCAUUUUCUAAGGCAUUAAAAGAUGCACUUUUUAAACUUCAGGUGUGAUCUUAGUCUUGCUAUAAAAGCUGCAUACUGUGAAUUAUGCAGCUCAAAACAGCUAAAAGCUCAAGUUUAUUGAAGAGCCAUUUUCUGUUCAUAUUAGAUAUAUGCACUUACAGUGUAUUGAUAUAUAGACGUCUAUUAUAUAACCCCCCCCCAAAAAAAUACAUGGACGAUGAUUAAAACUCAGUUCUUUUGCACUCAAGUCACAAUGUCCAUCACAUUGCUUGCAGGAUCAGCCUUCAUAUUGGUAAUUAACACUUUUUAGUAUUAUUAUUAGCUGAGAUUUUCAAUUUUUCACAUUGCCAAAAAAAGAAAAAAGGGUUUUGCACUUAAGGCCACUUGACACUGACAGCAGUCUCAUGGUCAAGCCUGUGGCUUUGUCGCUUUGUCUGACACAAGAAAAUGUCUUUUGUGCAUCCAUGCAAUAGAAUGCUUCUGUUCUGGUGAUUCACUCUCAAGCACUCAUUUCUUGACAUCAUGUAGGAAGACAGGAAUACCUAAGCAGCCUUGUUCAUCUGUUGCCCUCAUCUCAUCUUUUCAACUGUAUGCUGUGCACGCCCAUUUGUCAUUCUUUCUUUUGAAGACCCAGAUCCCCUUGGUGAGUCACUUGCCAGCUGAUGCAGCAGAGACUUCUGUUAAACCAUGCUUUUAGAGCUGGCUUCCUCAACCUUGGCCCUCCAGAUGUUUUUGGCCUACAACUCCCAUGAUCCCUAGCUAGCAGGACCAGUGGCCAGGGAUGGUGGGAAUUGUAGUCUCAAAACAUCUGGAGGGCCGAGGUUGAGGAAGCCUGCUUUAGAGCAGUCUUUCCCAACCAGUGUGCCUCCAGAUGUUUUGGGACUACAACUCCCAUCAUCCCUAGCUAGCAAGACCAGUGGUCAGGAAUGAUGGGAGUUGUAGUCCCAAAACAUCUGGAGGCACACUGGUUGGGAAACACUGCUUUAGAGACUAUUAAUUGUUCCUUCAAGUUAUAAGCAGAUUCGCCUCGUUUCUGUAUACCACUCUUUUGAGAUAAUAAUUGCUUUGAUACUUGUCCAAAUAGGGGGAUCGUAUGUGUAGCCCCUGAAGAAAAUAUCAGCUCUACAAUAGAGAUUUAAUUUAGAUGCUGAGACUAUACUACUUGGCAUAAGUUAAGGGUUUUAGAAAGUGGGGGAGGGGGGAAAUCCUGCACCAUAGUUUUUGUAGUGUAAGAGAGAUGCCCUAAAGUGUUAAGUGACUCCAAGGGUUGUCAGAGUAUUAUCCUGUCUACUAUUAAGUUUUUUUGGGUUUUUUGUAGGAAAUUUGUGGUCCAAUUUGUGGUUGUUCGGAAUACUGUUUAUCAGCUGCUGAGAAGAUAGAACAGGGGAGUAAAAAUCCAGCCCCUCCCCCAGCACCUAAUUUCUCAUUUCCUGGUUGAUGGCAUUUGGAAUAUCCCAAGAAGCACUGGGCAGUAGAAUUGUCUGCACAUCAGCCCUUUGAACACAUGUUACAGAUGCUUGACUAAGCAUAGCCAUGUUGAGGUGAUGGGGGUGCCUAUGUAUCCCUCUGAAUGGUUCAAUAGGUAAUUGCACUCUUAGAGCCAGCAGCCAUUCUCAUUUUUUCUCUCUCUCUCUCCCUUUCCCUCUCUUUUGUACAUACAUUUGAACCAUUCAUAGAUGUGAUUGGGGUGCAUGAAGGAAACCUAUUGGGAAGGAAUUGCAAAAUCCAUUUCAGAGUAGGAAAAGGGUCGCGUGAAUUUGCCAUGAGAUCGUUAGAGGAAGGAAUUCUAGUUGUGCUUCAGUUGUAGCUGCACAAUUGCUCGUAUUUCCUAAUGGUUAAAUAGGCUUGACUUAAAAUAAUGGAUCAGUGUAGAAGGUUCUCUGUGUAGUCCAUGGAAUCAUCUUUACAGUCCCCCUAAAUCAUUCUACGUAUUAGUUAGGAAUGCUGAUUUUUUUCUUUGUAUUAUUUUUGUGCCUUGUCUGCUCUGAUUCACUACUCACAGAUUGUAUAUUAAAAAGUAAAGAUACAUUAGUUAGCUUUUUAAUAAUUUUCUCAGCAGAAAUCUAAGGUGGCAGUCCAAACUAUACACAUAUAUCUAUAUAUAAAGGAAUGUAUUACAACUUUGCAUUAUCCUUGCUUUUAGCUCUUGCUUUUGAAGAGCAUCAACCAUUUUACCUGAAUAGCUAUGAAUCAAGCUCUACCUUUGUCCCUAUUUGUUGAAUACUUGUAUCAGCAUAUGAAAGCCAUUGUAUUUAUAAAAGCAAAUUUUUCUUAAAUGUCUUUAAACCACAUUUUAAAGGAGGGGAAAUGUACAUCCUCUGUAAUACAAAUCUUGUUUAAAAAGGAAAGUUUUAUAGAUACUGAUUUUCUGUUUUCAAAUUCUAAGUCUGAGUGGUCUCUAGUUGCAGCAGAACCUGAUUUGCACUGCUUGUACAAACUCUUGUUUUAAAGAGGUUAGCCUGUUAAGUAGUAAACAAAUGCUCUCAGUGUCACCUGAAAUCCGAAAGUAUCACCUCUCAGUACUUUAUUUUGCUCAUUCGCCAAAGAAAUUGUUACAUUCUCAGAUUACAUUAUUAAUGUUAAUUUGAAUGUCUAGGUUGUAUAUUCCCUUUCUGAUUUGAAAAUGGUUACCAGUACUGCAGGAUAAAGCUACAUUUGAAUGAACACUUUACAAUUCCUGGUGUAUUAAAGAGUCUUUUCUACUUAGCACUGCAUGGUUUUAAAAAAACAGUUUAAUGUUCUAGUAAAUACCUUACUUUCCUCAUGUCGGUUAAACACCUGCUUCCUCUACUGAAAUCAGCCAGAAUUUUAUUUUCCAACACUUAAGAGGUGCAGGCUCGUAUUUGGAUAAAGUUAAUCAACAAGAGAUUCCAAACAGGAAGCCAAGUGGACCUUCCCCUUGUGUUCCAACUUUAUGUACUACUCCUUGUAUUUCACAAUUACAAGAGAUUAUUUUGGAAUAUGAAGCAACAUGCCUUAUUUGUAAGUUAUUUCAUGUUUGUCUUGCACCUACAACUGAAUGAUUCUUUUCAGUGUAGAUGCUGUACACUUUGAAUGGUGUAAAUUUUGAUGUUCUUGCAGUUAAUCUUUGUGCACAGCUGUAGGACCUAUGCAAUUUUUUUCUUAAACACAACUGUUCGUAAACGAAUUUAUACCUAUUUGUUUAAGAUCCAGUUCUCUGGCAGUCACUUCUGAUUAGCCUUCCUUUCGUAAUUUUGUGAACUGAACUCACAAACGAAACACUCAAUAAAUUUUAUUUGAAUUUA